AUGGAGCCCUUCCGGCCCUUCCGCCCAGACGACGUGCGGCACCGCCGCUUCUGCUGCUGCGUCCCCGUGCGCUGGGGCGUCCUCGCCCUCGCUCUCGUCGGUGCGACUUUGGCCGCCUGCCUGGGCAUCGCCGCCAUCCAGCGCCUGUUCUCGCCCGAGAUCAACCCGUGGAGGGCAUGGCUCGAGGUCGCCAGCAUCGUGCUGUGGUUCUCCCUCGUCGUUCUGUGCCUUUACGGAUGGGCAGGCGGCAUCAGCCAGAAGAGGGAGUGGGUCGAGUGGUUCUACGAGCUCGUCUGGUGGCACCUCUGGUUCAACAUCGCGGUCGGCAUCUAUCUCCUCGUCGUUCUCGCCCUGCCGACGUCCAAAUCCCUGUCGGCGCAAAUCUGCUCGAAGUUGGCUCUCGACAAGCUCGACGCCGAGCUCCUCGUCGACUUUACGGCCGCCGACGCUGCGUCGACCGUGUCUCUCGAGUGCUUCGCGGGCGUACGGAGCGCGCUUAUCCUCCUCGAUCUGGCUUGGACCAUCGCCAUCCUCAUCCAGCUGUGGCUGUGCCUCGUCAGCGGGCACUACCUCGACGAGCUCGCCGACCGCGAGGCGGCCGAACGCUUCGGCGUCGACAUCGAGAACCCGAACCCGCCGUACGUGUUCGUCCCUGGGGACGACGCGCAGGAGAUGCGAAUGAUCGCGGCGAUGGAGGGCAGGACGGCAUCGAGGAAGGCGAGGGCGUUUUGA